AUGGUAGCGUGCCGAUUCGGGAGGUCAUCCUGUAGUGCGUUUCUAAAAUGCAAGACGCCAGCAAGUUCUCAUCAUCCAAUAGAUCAAUCUCAUAGAACAACGCCAUUAACACCAAUCUCAUCGAGCUGGCCUUCUCGUCAAAAUAAUAAUAAUCUUCAUAUCUCUCUGAACGAACCGCGGAUCUUACUUCAUCAUCCAAAUCAACAACACUCUUCGGGUUUUACAAUGAUUCGAUCUUGUAUCAGAAAUCUGAUAUACAUUGUCGUCACUGUUGCCUAUAUCGGUGUCACUUUUUAUUCAUCUGGCGCAAUCGGACUUCAAACUUCACCAACACAAUCUAGUCAGAGACCUCAUGGUCUGAUUUUUUCGGGUGAUGAGGUAGCAAUUGGGAUCGACGUUGAAGUCGGGGUAGAUUAUGGUACCCAGAAUCAAAGUGAAAGGCGUAUACUGGCAGCUAGUCCUAUACUUGGUUUUUAUAACCAAUCCAAUGGUCCGCUUGCCGACUGGAUGGCUGAUGUACCAGAUCAUACCCCACUAAUAGAUAUGAAUAUUCCUGGAACCCAUGACUCAGCAACUUGGAAUUACACCGAAGCAACGCAGAGUUCUAUGACUAAUAUCACUGGUCAACUACCACCCGCAAUAGCUUAUCAAUGUCAGGACCGUAGCUUAUUUCAAAUGCUUGGCGACGGAAUUCGAUUCUUAGACUUGAGAAUAGGUUUUCUUCCCGGGUCACAAGAGCUAGGCUUUUUUCAUGCUAGUGCCCUUCAAAGCUCUACAGCAACUCUUCCGGAUGUAUUACUCGGCUUCUAUCGCUGGCUAGACGAUCAUCCAACAGAAACAGUUCUUAUCUCAAUGAAGGUAGAUAAUGCAACUUUUGCUAAUCCAUCAUCAGGUGGUCAACCAUCCUCGCCAAAGCUUCAGAGCAUGAUCCGCGAACUCUUAACAAACGAGCUAGGCUCACGGUAUUGGGUCCAGAAGAACGGUACUCUUGGAACACUAGGAGAAGCACGUGGAAAACUUGUAUUUCUUCAAAGGAUUCAAUGGGACUCGCCUAUGCUCGGUAUCGCACUUCCACCAUCUCAAUUCAAUGACAACGAUCCAUCGUUUGCAUUGGUAUACAACGAGCGCACUGGCGCAACAGCAUAUAUAGAAGAUUUCUACAAUAUUUUGCCAAAUCCAAGUACAUUUGAAGAUAAAGUCGCAUGGAAAUUAGAAAUCACAGUGGAAAAUCUUAUUCGGGCGUCUGGACCAAAGCAUUCAGAUCAACUUUACAUUUCGUUUGCAAGUGGAGGGGCGCUAAGAAACACUCCACCGGUGACUCCACAGAUGUUAGCUGUGGGGGGAAAUGGUACGGCUGGUGUCAAUUCUGGUUUAACUGAGUAUCUUUCCAAUAACCGAGGUAAAAGGUUUGGAAUCGUGAUCCUGGAUUGGUACGCUAGUAGUCCCGAAUUGGUAAAGAGUAUCAUUGAUCGAUCAUAUCAAUAA